AUGUCGUUCGAUACCACACGCGUGUACACUACCAGCGUGCUGCCCGGAGAGGAGGCGGGCGCGCACGAGCGCUCGGAGGUGGUGCGCUCGUUCCGCGACUUUGUGCUGGAGUUUCGGUUGGACGCGCGGUUCGUAUAUCGCGAGCAGCUGCGCAACAACCUGCUGGUGCGGCGGUACGCGCUGCGCGUCAACACGGAGCAUCUGAUUGGGUACAACGAGGCGCUGUACAAACUGGUGCGCGACGAGCCUGUGGAGACGGUGCCCCUCUUUGAGCAGGCGGUGACGGAAAUAGCGCGGCGGAUGGCGCGGCUCCGGGCGGAGGACGCGGGCGCGCUGCCGGCGGUGCAGGUGGAGCUGCAGAGCGCGGCGGCUGAGACGGCGCUGCGGCAGCUGGACUCACAGAGCGUUUCGCGGCUGGUGCGGCUGAGCGGGAUCGUGGUGUCAACGUCGGUGCUGACGUCACGUGCGACUCACGUUGCGCUGAUGUGCCGCAACUGCCGGCACACGACGGCGCUGGACCUCAACAACUUCCAGUCGCUUGCGGGGAGCAACGUGGCGCUACCGCGGGCGUGCCUGGCAGACCACUCGAAUGACGAUGGCAGCGCGGCGGGGAACCCUUGCGGCCAGGACCCGUACAUGAUCGUUCACGAGAGCUCGCGCUUCGUAGACCAGCAGUUCCUGAAGCUCCAGGAGGUGCCGGAGUCCGUACCGAUCGGCGAGAUGCCGCGCAACCUGCUGCUGACGUGCGACCGGUACCUCACGAACCGGGUGGUGCCGGGCACGCGGGUGACGGUGGUGGGGAUCUACGCGAUAUACCAGUCCAAGGGCGGGCAGGGCGGGGCGCGGGCUGUGGCGAUCCGGAACCCGUACGUGAAGGUGCUGGGGAUCGAGGCGCAGGCGGGCAGCCCUGCGGGCGUGCUGUCGAUGUUCAGCGAGGAGGAGGAGGAGGAGUUCCUGCGGCUGGCGCGGACGCCGAACCUGUACCAGCUGUUUGCAGAGUCGAUUGCGCCCAGUAUCUAUGGAAACGAGGAUAUCAAGAAGGCGAUAGUGUGCCUGCUGAUGGGUGGCUCGAAGAAGCUGCUGCCGGACGGCAUGCGCCUGCGGGGGGACAUCAACGUGCUACUGUUGGGAGACCCGGGGACGGCGAAGUCGCAGCUGCUGAAGUUCGUGGAGAAGGUGUCUCCGAUCGCGGUGUAUACGUCGGGCAAGGGUUCUUCGGCGGCGGGUCUGACAGCGUCAGUGCAGCGCGACCCGAACACGCGUGAGUUCUACCUCGAGGGCGGUGCGAUGGUGCUGGCCGACGGCGGCGUGGUGUGCAUCGACGAGUUCGACAAGAUGCGCGAUGAAGACCGCGUGGCGAUCCACGAGGCAAUGGAACAGCAGACCAUCUCGAUCGCGAAGGCGGGCAUCACCACGGUGCUGAACUCGCGGACUAGUGUUCUGGCGGCCGCCAACCCCAUAUACGGGCGCUACGAUGAGCUCAAGUCCCCGGGCGAGAACAUCGAUUUCCAGACGACCAUUCUGUCGCGGUUCGAUAUGAUCUUCAUAGUCAAGGACGAGCACAACGAGCAGCGGGAUAUGUCCAUAGCGCAGCACGUCAUGAACAUCCACACCGGGCGCACUGCCGUGCCGGACGCAGGCGCUGCCGGCGCAGACCGCGAAAUACCCAUUGACAAAAUGCGCCGCUACAUCACAUACUGUCGCUCGAAGUGCGCCCCCAGGCUCUCAACUCAUGCGGCUGAGAAGCUGUCCUCGCACUUCGUGACCAUUCGCAAACAGCUGCUGAUCAAUGAGCUGGAGUCGAAGGAGAAAUCCUCCAUUCCGAUCACUGUGAGACAGCUGGAGGCCAUCAUACGUAUUUCGGAGUCGCUGGCGAAAUUGGAGCUCAGCUCCGUCGCCGAGGAGCGCCACGUCGACGAAGCCAUUCGCUUGUUCCAGGCUUCCACAAUGGAUGCGGCGUCUCAGGAUCCUAUCGGGGGCAUGCAAAAUUCAAACGUAGUGUCCGAGGUACGCAACCUCGAAGCGGAACUAAAACGGCGUUUGCCAAUAGGCUGGUCGACCAGCUACCAGACCCUCAAACGGGAGUUUGUCCAGUCUGGUCGUUACUCUCUACAGGCACUCGACAGAGCUCUAUAUGUCCUCGAGAGGCAUGAGACAAUACAACUGCGCUAUCAGGGCCAGAAUAUUUAUCGCAGCGGCGUGUAA